AUGGGUUCUCCAUUUUCAUCAAACAAAUUCGCCGGCUCCGGCAAACUCCUCCUAAUAUUAGGGUUCACCUCUUAUCUCACCUUCUUCACCCUUCAAAACCACUACCCACCGUCCGAUUUCAUUUCUUAUCUCAAGAAAACUUCUUCUUCUCUAAUAUCGCCGCCGGCGAUUAACGACAACUCCCGGACGAAUCUCAGCCACCUAGUUUUCGGGCUCCUCGGAUCGGAAAAGGCCUGGCACGACAGAAAAUCAUACAUAGAAUCAUGGUGGAGACCAAACACAACAAAAGGGUUUCUAUACCUAGACAAACCCCCCACCGGAAACCUCCUCCCGUGGCCUGAAACCUCGCCGCCGUACAGAAUCUCCGACGACCUAACCGAGUUCUUGAAACAGAACAAACCUAAAGCUCCGAUCAUGAUCCGCAUGGUCCAUGCAAUAAUGGAGAUCUUCAGAGAGAUAAACGAAAAAAACAACGACAACCUUGAUAUAAGAUGGUUUGUAAUGGGAGACGAUGAUUCGGUGUUUUUUGUCGAUAACAUUGUCGAUGUUCUUGCGGAAUACGAUCAUACGAAGUAUUACUACAUCGGGGGGCAGUCGGAGUUUGUGCUGUCGAAUUAUUGGUUUUCGUUCCAGCAAGGGUUUGGUGGGGCCGGGUUCAUGUUGAGUUAUCGAUUGGUGAAAGCUUUGGCUAUGGGUAUGGAGAAUUGUCUGAGGAGAUAUGCUUACUUGAGGUCUGCUGAUUAUAUUACUAUGGUCUGCAUUUCUGAUAUUGGCGUCAAUCUCUCCCCCAACAAGGGCAUUCAUCAGAUUGAUUUACAUGGCGAUAUAUCGGGUUUACUGUCAUCUCAUCCAAAAUCACCGCUAAUAUCUCUCCACCACCUCGACAAGAUGAAGCCAAUAUUCCCCAACAUGGACAGCUUCGAGUCCACGCGCCACCUCAUGAAGGCGGCGGCGGCCGACCAGACGCGGAUGUUGCAGCAGACCAUCUGCCACCACCGGGGAAGCAACUGGACGUUCUCCGUUUCGUGGGGCUACUCCGCCCACAUAUACGAGAGAGUCAUGCCCAGGAAUUAUCUGCAGAAGCCCAUUGAAACGUUCAAACCCUGGGUCGGAACUCCGGAGACGCAUCGGCCGUUUUACAUGUUCAAUACGAGGCUGCCGUCCGAUGACCCCUGCGAAAAGCCGCAUGUUUUCUUUUUUAAAGGAGUUGAGAAGGCCUCGUCGUCGUCGGAGAUUCUUACAACCUAUUCUAGGGCGGCGCCUCGUGGGCUGGGGCCGUGUUCGGAUAGUCCGAAUGCGGAGUUUGUGUCCGAGAUUCGUGUCUUUUCCCCGGCGACGAAGCGUGAAGAGAUGGAUCGAUGCGAAUGUUGCGACAUUGUUGGUGUUGAUGGUGGCAAGGCGGAGCUCAGAUUUAGGGAGUGUUUGGAUGAUGAGAUUAUUGCUUAA